AUGGGCCAGAGGCACAACAGACGCCGCACUCGACCACGCUCUCGCAAUCGCAGCAUCAAUAUCAUUCCCGUCGAACCUGCUCCGCGCCCGGUCACGUCCGAUCCAGCCGUCUCUCGUCGGACUUCCGCUGCCUGUGACUCACGAGACGCCAUUGCGAUACACCCCGCCCCGACCUGGCACAAUGGGUAUAUGACAUGGCAGAAACGUGAACGCACGCCGCGGUUCGAGUCCCCUAGGCUGGAAGCCGAGCAGUAUCGCCUCUUCGGAGGCGAACCGGGUGAUGAUGUCGGCCUUUGUUAUCGCAUGCUUGAAUACUUCGACGGACUGGACUAUAUCAAUACUUCCCAAUGCCUCUCGCCAUUGCCGGGAUGA